AUGCCCAGCAUUUUUUUCUCCUUUGUGAAUUGGGGUGAAAGUGUAUGGUAUCUAACUAGCGUAUCCUCUCCUCUGGGUCUCCUAGACGUUCACCAGCGCUGGGCUCUGGUGUGGCUGGCCUGCCUACUUUUUGCCGCUGUGCUUUUCCUUCUCUUCCUUUUCAGAAAGGACCAAGUGAAAGGGUGGCUGAGGCUCUUGAAGGAGGACAUCCGCGCGGGGCCUGCCACCAGGGGCCGGGCGGCUCUGCUCCUCUACUCGGCGGAGGACUCUGGCUUCGAGCGCUUAGUGAGCGCCCUGGCGUCGGCGCUGUGCCAGCUGCCGUUGCGCGUGGCCGUGGACCUGUGGAGCCGUCGUGAACUGAGCGCGCAGGGACCCCUGGCCUGGUUCCACGCGCAGAGGCGCCAGACCCUUCAGGAGGGCGGCGUGGUGGUGCUGCUCUUCUCACCUGGGGCCGUGGUGCUGUGCCGGGAGUGGCUGCAGGACGGGGCUUCGACUCCCGCCCCGCAGGGCCCGCACGACGCCUUUGCCGCCUCGCUCAGCUGCGUGCUGCCUGACUUCCUGCAGGGCCGGGCGCCUGGCCGCUACGUCGGGGCCUACUUCGACGGACUGCUCCACUCAGAUGCCGUGCCUGCCCUUUUCCGCAGCGUGCCGGUCUUCUCCCUGCCCUCCCAGCUGCCCGGCUUCCUGGGGACCCUGCAGGAACCCGGCGACCCCCGCCCGUGGCUGCUGAGGGAGAGGGCGAGGCUAGUGUCUCAGGCCCUGCAGCCUGCCCUGGACCAGCUGCUUAAGGCUCCCGGGGAUCCCGGGGACCCUGAGGACGGGACGAGGGAUGGCACGUGAGGCAGGGGAGACAACUUGAAUAAAGGCAGACGCUAUUUUUCUA